GGGUGAAUGGUGUUCUUUCAUUUAAUGCUAGACUUUGGGCUAAUCAGGACCGGAAUGAGGAACAUGUGUCUUUUCCAAAGCUGAGAGCAACAGAGAACAGUUGCAGCUCUUCUUUUGUGCAGAAGAGGAACAGGAGAGAUAUUCCUGCUCCAAAGUGCAACACUAGUGGUGCUCAGAACCUUUUAUGAAAUUGUUUCCAGGUCACAGAGAUGGGGAGAGUAUGGUUGGGGGCAUCCUGCCUCCUAAGACGGGUAGGAUAUGAUGAGCAGGUUGGUAGACAUUUAAGUUCAGAGUAGCUGCAUGGCUUAGUUCACUGGAAUGGAAAAGCUUUGUUUUUUAAAGCCACAGUUUACAGAGUUGAUAACUCUCAAUAGGUUUUCCAUAAUUUAGAGUUGUAACAACCAAAUACUUCAGUUACACCUUUUUGUCUGUGGCUUUUUCUCUAGGUGAAAAUUACUCAAGAGCUGAAACUCAUUCAGACUGAGCAGAUGACAAAACUUCAAGCCAAACAUCAAGCAGAAUGUGACUUACUUGAAGAUAUAAGGACAUUCAGUCAGAAGAAAGCCGCAAUUGAAAGAGAAUAUGCACAGGGCAUUCAGAAAUUGGCUAGUCAGUACUUAAAGAAAGAGUGGCCAGGAAUAAAAGCUGAUGAACGAAAUGAUUUUAGGAGCAUGUAUCCAGUGUGGAAAUCAUUUCUUGAAGGCACAGUGCAAGUGGCUCAGUCCAGACUCAAUAUCUGUGAAAACUAUAAGAACCUAAUUUCUGAACCUGCCAGGGCAGUGAAGUGUUUUAAAGAACAGCAGCUGAAAAAGUGUGUGGAGCAGCUGACCAGGAUCCAGGCUGAAUUACAAGAGACAGUAAAAGAUUUAGCUAAGGGCAAGAAGAAAUACUUUGAAACGGAGCAGAUGGCUCAUGCUGUUCGUGAAAAGGCCGAUAUUGAGGCCAAGUCAAAACUUAGUCUUUUUCAGUCAAGGAUAAGCUUACAGAAAGCAAGUGUAAAGUUAAAAGCACGACGAUCUGAGUGUAAUUCUAAAGCUACUCAUGCGAGGAAUGACUACCUUCUCACUUUAGCAGCUGCUAAUGCACACCAAGAUCGCUACUAUCAGACAGACUUAGUAAACAUUAUGAAGGCUCUUGAUGGGAAUGUAUAUGAUCACCUUAAGGAUUAUUUAAUGGCAUUCAGCAGGACUGAAUUAGAAAUAUGCCAAGCUGUACAAAGCACAUUCCAGUUUCUUUUGGAAACUUCCAGUCGGGUAGUGCGCGAUUACAAUUUCCAACUGUUUUUACAAGAGAACUCUGUAUUUCACAAACCACAGUCCUUCCAAUUUCAGCCAUGCGACAGUGACACUAGUUUUAAUGCCGUUCAGCUGGUGGAUAUUGAGCCGUCACCUGUCAGUGCUCUGAGAAUGACCUUAGUAGAGAGUCGACAGUUGGAAUCUGAGACUGGGACAACAGAAGAGCACAGUCUGAACAAGGAAGCCCGAAAAUGGGCCACUCGUGUGGCAAGGGAACACAAGAACAUUAUUCAUAGUCAACGGACUCUUGAGGAAUUGGAAUGCCAUGGGCCUACAGUGUCUGAACAGAGCCGAGUCGAACUAGAACAGAAAAUAGAUGAAACCAGAGAAAACAUCCGCAAAGCUGAGAUAAUAAAGCUGAAAGCAGAAGCACGACUUGACCUCCUAAAGCAGAUUGGGGUUUCGGUGGAUACGUGGCUGAAAAGUGCGAUGAAUCAAGUCAUGGAGGAACUGGAGAAUGAGCGAUGGGCAAGCCUUCCUAUUGUGGCCAACAAUGGCUCUUCACACUUGUUAAAUGUUGAUAUAGAGAGGGAGGAAGGAGAAGAGCUGGAAGAUGGCAUGGAUGGUUUUGAUGACAGCAGUUCCAGUCCUUCUGGUACACUCAGAAAUUAUCCCUUGACCUGCAAAGUUGUGUAUUCAUACAAGGCUUCCCAACCAGAUGAAUUAACCAUUGAGGAACAUGAAGUUCUGGAAGUUAUUGAAGAUGGAGAUAUGGAAGAUUGGGUAAAGGCACGAAAUAAGGCCGGCCAUGUAGGCUAUGUACCAGAGAAGUAUCUGCAAUUCCCAACUUCCAACAGCCUUUUGAGCAUGUUGCAGUCGCUGGCAGCGCUGGACAGCCGGUCUCAUACUUCCAGCAAUUCCACAGAAGCUGAGCUAGUUUCCGGAAGCCUCAAUGGGGAUUCCAGUGUAUGUUUUGUAAAAGCACUUUAUGAUUAUGAGGGCCAGACAGACGACGAACUGUCCUUUCCAGAGGGAGCAAUAAUCCGGAUCUUGAAUAAAGAAAACCAGGAUGAUGAUGGUUUCUGGGAAGGGGAAUUCAAUGGACACAUUGGGGUUUUCCCAUCUGUACUCGUAGAAGAGUUAACUGCCUCAGAAAAUGGAGAGUCUCGGUGCAUUGCAGAUGUUCAGGUAUCUCCAUCUCCCAAGCCGCAAAAUUCUCUGGCGCCCCUGCCCCUGUAUGACCAACCGCCAACCAGCCCUUUCCAUAGUCCUGACAAGAGAAGUUCUCAAUACUACCCAAGAUCUCCAUCAACAAAUGAAAACAGCUUCACUUCAAACUCUCCUGGAUUCUCCCAGCCACCACGACCUCUUCCCGAAAGCACUUCAUACAGCAAACUGAGACCUGUACGGGCUGCCCCUCCACCACCAACACAACAACACCGCAGACCAACAGAGAAGAUCGAGGAUGUGGAAAUCACUUUGGUGUGACUCAAGAGGACAGUUUGCCUCGUAGUGCUACAAUCAAGACCAGAUACUGCCGAUGUUUGGUCCACUCUCCUAUCUUGGGCACCUUUUGCAUGAUGGAAGAGACUUUUGAAAGAUCAUGGGAAAGCGGGAGGAUUUUCCAGAGACAUUUUGACACGUGGUGGUGGAAUCUCCUUCCCAUCGUCAUGACUCUUUUGUGCCUUUUUUAUUUGUUGCUGUCCUUUGGUUUCACUUUAUAUAUCUGCCACCCUUCCUCCUUUUUUAGCACAAAGCGAAACAGAGGAAUGCCUUUGUAGCAGAAUGUGGGCCAUUCGAGUUGUCAAUGGAGGCUUCAGAGAGUUCCCUCUUCCAUAUGCCACUUAAUGGGCCAGUCUACAAAGAGGCACUUCCCUGGGGCAGCGAUCUGGCAAUGGCGUUUCCUCGAAACCUCUCCCAACAUGUAGCACACAGUCAACACAGUCUCUUUCCUCAUCACAUGGACCUGAAGAGGCAAUGGGAUUGGCUUAUCAGGUGCUACAGGUUGAUGGCAAUAAAAGACAAGUCGUUACAGAAAUGUGUUUUUUGUACAGAGAGAGCAAGCGUGUAGACCGGCCUGAAGUCAUAGCAUACGAUACCAUGUGCAUUAGUACAGUAUAUUACUGUUGCCAUAGGAAUGUGUUUAAUUUUUUUUCCUAUUCAAGUAGUGUUACUUACUCUGAUUAGGUUGUUAAUCAGUAUGUAUGGAAUAGAGAAGGGAACUCACAAGUGUACAUUUAAAGAGAGGCUGGCUCCUCUCUCUUCCUCUCCCUUUUCUACUUCCCCCAUCUCCCCCCCAAAAAAGAUGGUGGGGGGCAGGAUGGUCCUACAGCGAAGGGAAAGCACUGCAGCUCUUAUGGGGUGAAUUUACGUCAGCGUGCACCUCUUCCAAAAGUAACAGUAAAACCUGAACAUAAUGUUCUUUUUGUAUUGAUAUUUAUGCGGUGCGUUUAGUAAUACACUAUCUACUACAAAAGCGCUGACCUUAGUAGCAACAACAUGUUUUUCUUAGGAUAAAACUGAAUAAGCAGGAUUUUCAUUGUAUAGCCGAUAAUAGCCGUUGAUUUCCUUUUUCAGCAGAUUUCUCCUCCCCUUUUGUAUUUGGAUCAUUUCUUAUCCCGGUUAUGGCUGUGUAGUUUGCUCUCUGACAUUAACGGUGUAUCUUGAUCACUGGAACAUCCAGCUAGAGUUAAGAGUUUUUAUCUUUAGAGUACUGACGUGUGGUGUCUAGCUUUAGCAUUGGAUAGUCCUAGCAGAGAUCUCCAUGCAAAGCCUAAAGGGGCCGGUUCAGACCCAGAGAAAAAAAGUUGCUGGUGAUGGUGAUGGUGGGCAAGAGUUGGAUUUUUCACGCACACGAGAGAGUUUUGCAAGUGGUUUGAUGGAGCAUUGCUUUCGUUCGUCUCACAAUACACCCAGUAGAGUUUGCAGGGCUUUGUAAAAGGUCUUGCAAAGAUGUACAGAGCCUAUUUGGAAGAGUUAGCGGGUCAAAAGGUAUGAUCGUACACAUCAUUGACACCAGUGGCUUCAUCUUACCAGCCCAAAUUCUGGACUGGAGUGGGGGGCUGGGAAUCACCAUGGGCUUUCCUCUUGAAAUCAGACUUGGAAAUUCACCCUUUGGUGUCCUUGCAGCUCUUAAUGGUUUUUUAAAGUGGACACUAGAAAUUGUCUACAAAUGGGAGACAGGAGAGGUGCCUUGGUUUCUCUGAGCAAGCCACUUGGGACUUUGAUGGAGAGAGGCAGAGUUGUUUCGUGGUAGAAGAUGAUGAGGGAACAAAAGAGGAAGGGGAAAGAAAUUUUAUUUCUGAUUAAAUGGUCUCUGAGCAGCAAAACUCGAUGUAUAACCACCUAUGGAAUGUGUAUGGAGCUGUACUGUUAAGUACUAUUAACAAGAGCUCUUGGUGUCUUGAUUUUCCUCCCCCUGAGCGAGUAAAACGCACCAACCGUUUCCUCCAUUUUGUGGCCUAAAGGACUACAUUUUUCUGUUUUUUAUUCUGUGGCUGCAUUUUGUGAAAUUGUUUGACAAACGUUCAGACUUUUCAUCUGAAACUUUGCACAAAUAGUCUUGGCUGGGUCUCUUGAAAUGUGACCCUUCGGUUUUUUGCCAAUUCCCCCCCCCCUUUUUUUUUUUCUUCAUUUGGUUGGCCUGCGGAAGGGAAAGGCUGUUUGAAGCAGCAUAAGAGCAUCGUCUGCAGCGGUUGCCAAAUAUCCUGCAGGUCUCUGUGAAGAUUGUCUCUUGGGGAGUGGGCUGGGGAUGGGGGUGUCGCACCUUCUGUCCUGUUGAUCCGUUUGAGGUCCUUUUUUAAAAGUGUUUAUCAAACUUGUUCUUAUGGGUUUUUUAAGAAAAACAAUUUUUUAAAGAAGAACUGUACUUCAAACAUUUUUAAAUGCUUCAUGGGGGGGGGCUAAGUGUUGCCAAUAAUACUCAGAUGUUCAAUUCGGGUUAGCCAGUUUUUUCUGCUUUCGUUUUGUGUGCGAACACCUCUGUCCCCUAGACUCUCAAAAAUUCAGAAAGUGUUAUUUAAAAAAAAAUUCUCCUUAGUUAUAUUUUAAAAAUAUUUUCUGUAAGAGCUGCUAAUUUUUAUUUUAAAAAAAUGAAAAGUUGUAAAAACGCGUCUCCUUUUAAAACUUCAUACAGGGCAUGCAAUAGAACGUAUCACCAUGUACAGCGUCAAUACACUGAAAGCAGGACCUUGGGUGCUUUCUUUAUAUUGGCUGUAAAACUUUGUAUUUAUUAUGUAUAAAAAUGUUGAAUAAUAAAAAAGUGGCUUUAAAUCG